UUUUCACAAUGAGUACUCUAGCAACACAAUUUGCAAUAGUUGUGACAUUGCUUCUAGUGUUGUUAAUCAAAAUAGAGGGAGAUCAUUCUGUUUCAAUUCCAAAUGAUGAAAAUUCCAUCAAUAUUAUGGUCGAGGAAGUUGAUGUGAAUGAAGAGUCACCUGAUUGCAGUACAAGACCAUGGAUAUGUAGCACUGGAACAUUUCCACCAAAAAGUAUAUGUUGUGGAAACCGAUGUGUGGAUAUUGCAAACGAUAGAAACAAUUGUGGGAUGUGUGGUGUAAAUUGUCCACUUAAUUGGCAAUGUUGUAACCGUUUAUGCGUAAACAUAAAUUUAAGUCCUUUGAAUUGUGGUGGAUGUGGAAGGAUAUGUCCUAUUGGAAGGUUAUGUCGAUAUGGUAUGUGUGCUACUAACUUUGCCUAUCCAUCCCCACCCCCACCCCCACUACUUCCUCCAAUGAAGUAAUUUAUACUCAUGUUAUAAGAAUUUUAAUAAUUAAUAUUAUGUACUUUUGAAUGAUAUUGUAAUGUGUAUCAAUUAUAUCAAUGGAUUACUUUAUUUUGACAUGUUAAUGUAACAUUAAGGUAAUGUGAAAACAAUAUAUACAAAUUAAGUUUA